UGGCUCAGACGACAUAGACAGCAAGUUCAACUUCAAAUUCAAACUAAUUAAAACUUGUGUUGAUAUUUAAAUUAGAAAGCUAUUUAUAGCUAUAGCCAUUCAAGCUAUUGAUAGUUUGCCAGAUCAUUUAAAAAAUGGAAUGUUUUGUCGCUGACAUCAAAGAUUCCACAGAGAAGUUAGUGCAGAAACAAAUGCCAGAGAAUGCAGAUGAGGUAAUCGAAAAGCUGUUUCACGACACAAGGAAUCUCGAGAGCUCCUCUUUCUCCAUCAUAUAUGAACAGCAGCAGCUGGAAGACAGUGCCAUUCAGCUGUGGAACUGGGCAGUAACAAAACACGUGGGCUCAGCCAUUAAUGAAGACCAGAAAGCAAAAGUGCGUCAUGCGGCCUGCCUGCUGCUGUGUGCCGCGGAGCCUCCGGAACCGUCGGAGGGCGCGGUGCGCCGGCUGAUCCUGAUGGCCACCAAGACAGGCAGAACCUGGCUCGACUGUAAAAUGCCCAAGUUCGCAGAUGAAUUUUUCUGUCUUGCUGUCAAAAGCCUGGAAACCUUGUACGGCAGACUCACAGCCCGUGCUGAUGACAAGGGAGAUAUCAACAUUCCCAAAGGAGAUGUGGAGAAGGACCUGUUUCGAGUUCUCUCUUACCAAGCUGAGUCGGCUCUGGCUCAGGAGAACCACCCGGAGGCUGUUGUCUGUGUGCAACGCUGCAGAGACAUGCUACUGCGUCUGCCCAAAGAGACUGGCUAUCUCUCUCUCAUGUGCUAUAACUUUGGAGUCGAUGCCUACAAUCUAAAAAAGUUUGAAGAAAGUUCAUAUUGGUUGAGCCAGAGUUAUGACAUCGGGAAGCUGAAUGAGAGGUAUUCCCCCGGGGCUGUGGUGCGGGCAAAAAUCCUAAGGCUUCUUGCAACUGUCUACUUAGAAUGGGACUGUGUCAGCUUCCAGGAAAAGGCUCUCAAUGCAGUCAGCUUAGCGAAUCAGGCGAGUGUGCAACCCUCCGGUCUCUUCCUGAAGAUCCGUAUUUUACUGAAGGGUAAAGCCCGGGAUGAACCCAUCAGAGACGCAAUUACUGAGCUGUUUGAGUCUGAGGUUCCUCUUGGCGUGUGCUUGAGUAUGGUGAAACUGCUCAUGGAAGAAGACAGAGAGGCUCUCGCCUUUGAGUUCCUGAAGAGGGUGUGCCAGCGUUUCGAGUCGUCCCCGGAGCUGGGCAGCGCUCUCGUCCUGCACAUCGAGCUCCUCCUGCAGCGGGGCAAGGAGCUGCUGGCCCGGCAGAAGAUUGAGGACGUAAUCACAGGGCAUUACACAGGUAAACCACUCUCCCAUCAGACUCUCAGCAGCCUGCAUCUGCUCCUCUGGGACAGGGCGUCCAAAAACUUUGAGGCCAUAAACUAUUCGGAAGCCCUGGAGUGGUAUAACUACUCUCUGAGUUUCUACGCUGCGGGGCAGAUGGAGGAGAAUCUGGCCAAGCUACAGAGGAACCGUGCCUCGUGCUUCCUGCACCUGGGCCAGCUGGAGAAGGCCCGGGAAGCCAUCAAAGAGGCAGAGAGAUGUGACCCAGACAGCAUCUUCACGCAGUUCAGCGUCUACAAGAUCGCCGUUCUCGAGAACGACGUGGACAGAGCUGCGGAGGCCGUGAGGGCCAUCGGGAAGCUGGCCCGGGGUCCCGUGAGAAGCGAGGACCGACUCCUGCAGGCCCACGCCGCCGCCUCCGGCCUCCUGAGCCUGGCCGCGCACAUCGCCCUGGAACAUGACCAGCAGACCAUCGCUAAAACGGCUCUGGAGGGUCUGUGUGAACACUCAGAGGACUGGACACAGGUUCUCACUGCUCUCAGAUGUUUAGUCCGCUUGGCGCUUUCUACAAUGGAGACGGCACGAGAGGAAGAGAGAGAGGCGAGUUUGGAUGCUCUCAGGUCAUAUCUGAAGAUGGCGCUGCGGAGAGUGUCCCAGCCCAGCCCCAUGGCCGGACCCCGCCCGGGCCUGGAGGAACACGCCGAGGAGGCCAACUGGUUCAGGAAGAUCGCCUGGAACUCGGCCCUGCAGUGUGAGAACAGCCCGGAGAGGAUGAGGGACUUCUUUGUGCUGUCCUACCAGCUGUCCCAGUUCUGCCUGCCGGACAGGGCUGUGCUCAUGGGACAGAAGACCUGCCUGCUGAUGGCCACCGCCGCGCGCCUGGAGCUGUGCAGGACGUCCGACGUCUCCGUGCAACAGGCAGAACAGCUGACUGAAGCACUGGAGCAUAUUCAGAUCUGCUGGGAGGUCUGGAAAGCUCUCAAAGCUUCAGGGGACGUGUCCAAGGACCAGACGGAGACCCUGCUGCUGCUGUACGAGUUUGAGGCCCGAGCCAAGCUGAGCGACCCCAAACUGGAGUCUGUGCUGGAGGCAGUGCUGGAGCUGGAGACCGUGGAGCCCAAGACUCUGGAAACCAUCGCAGGCCUGGCCAUGGAGACUCCAGCCCACUACCCGCUGCUGUGUAAGAAGGCCCUCAGGAUAGCGCUGGCCCUGCACAAGAAGCAGCCCCAGCCAGACCUGCUGCGCUGCAGCCGCUGCCUGCACAGCCUGGUCCAGCUGUCCCUGCCGAGUGGCGUGUCCGAGGCGGAGCCGCGCGCGCUGGAGGAGGCGUGGGGCUUCUACCAGGAGGCCCGCUCCGUCAUUGGCCUGGCGCCGGAGGACUUCCCUGAGCUGGAGAUCCUGUGGCUGCUGACGCGGGCCUGGAACACGGGGAUCCUGCUCUACAGCCGGGCACAGUACCCCGAGGCCGAGCGCUGGUGUGGCCUCGCCAUGACCUUCCUCUGCCACCUGGGCGCCCUGCAGGAGAGCUACCAGACCCAGAUGUCGGGUCUCUACGGUGAAGUUUUGGACAAAUUGGACAAGGCCAAGAGAAAUCUGGUCAUGGAGGAGUGACUGUACCGCACUGAUCUUUAUCCCACUGGGAUUAGAGACCCGUUAAGCCCCUUGGCCCCUCACAUGGGACCAGAGGCCCCUCCACCAUCUUCCCACACCACCGUUUUUCACAUUA